AUGGCGCAGGUCAAACAAGACCCCGAUGCCAUGUACAUCAAACCCGAUCCUGAUAACAAGGACUUGGUUUUUGCUGAUAUGGACGAUGACGACCUUUACGAAGACGCUGGAGAUCUGGAUUUCACAGAAGCCGGCCAGCAUGCGUGGUUAUCCCGCCUUCCUCGGCAGCUGUGGGAGAACUGGGCGCAAAUCGACGAUGACGAGGAGAUUGAAAUUGGAACAAUGAGGAUAGAGGGGGACCCAUCAGACCUCAAGCGGGUCAGCUUGCGGCUCCACGAACGACCAGAUAAUAAAGACAUCCCGAAAGACUACACCCUGCAACGCCAAACAGUCACUUCCACAAAUGCCUCACAUAUGACCCAAAAUACCUAUGUAUUUACAGAGAAGGAUGUGCCCGGCGCUGAAAACCGCAUGGCUUCGUUUGGAGAGACACGAUCUGCCUUGUAUGAGGCCAUGAAGCGCGAGGCCAGGAGGAGAGAGCAAGGCAAGAAAUGGGAGCCUUAUGUGAGGAAAACAGUACCAAAACAAACGGCGCUCAUCGGACGAAUCAGCGAGGAAUUCAAUUGUCUACCAGUGGAGAACGAGGAGUUCCGGAAGAUUUCAGAGGCCAGGGCUCUGGAGGCCCUGAAGCCAAAGGCGGGAGUUCAUUUUGUGGAGAAAAUUCCUGCUCACCUCCUACUUCAACGUCAUGCUUUGCCCUCGGACAAGGGCACUUUCGUGCAAGCUACGAAGGCCUCCAAAUCCAAGUCACAAGAAAACAAAACUACGCGUAUUGCGCAAAACGAGCUGCUGGACAAGAUUUUCCAGUGCUUCCGCCAAUACAAGUACUGGCCAUUUAGGGCCCUCAAACAGCGCCUACAACAGCCUGAAGCUUAUCUUAAGCAAACUUUGGAAAUGGUGGCACAUUUGAUCAAAUCCGGAGAUCAUUCGAUGACAUGGCAGCUGAAGCCAGAGGCACAGGAAGAGAAUUACGCAGCAUCAUUUGACGAUGCUCAGGCUGUGGCUCCCGAGCCUGAGAACUAUGAUGAUGGCUCGGAUGAUGACCCGACUGCUUCUGGCGUUGAUGAAAUGCAAUUUUAA